AUGCGGGGCUGGGAUGAUGUCACAGGACCGCACCACGAAGGGAGGCAAUUCAGAGCCGAGCGGUGCCCGAGGGCAGAUUUAGACGUCCUGCAUGGAGGAACGAGGAGGAUCUUGUGUAAAACCAGAGAACUGUCUGAGGACACAUCUGAGGUCAGGCAAGGUGUUGUUGCACGGGUCCGUGGCAAUGAUAUGUCACACAGCUUGGACAGAGAAAUCCUUGAUCAUAACUUGCUGUUGGAUAAUGGUGGACGAUCUCAGGCUACUGGGGUCAGAGUGGUCUUUCGCCCCACUUCUCCAAGCUGCAAUUCCCCAAUAUACACGCUGUCAUAG